AUGGACGGAACAGGGGUCGGACACGAAGUGGGCAAUCAUAAUGAGGGGCGUAAAAUUUCUGUUUGGUAUAGAGUCUAUACAAACAGUUGGGCCCAAAUUCUGUUGAUUAGUUUUAUCUGUUUCUGCUGUCCUGGGAUGUACAAUGCUCUCGCAGGACUUGGAGGAUCCGGACAAGUGAACCAAACAGUUGCUGCAAAUGCAACCGUCGCUCUACUUGCUGCAACCGCUGCAACUGCAUUGUUUGUCGUUGGGCCAAUUUUCAACCGCGUCGGGCCCCGAGUCUGUCUUCUUCUCGGCGGAUGGGCAUAUCCCUUGUACUCGGGGAGUCUGUUAUGCUUCAACUCAACAAACAAUGGAGCCUUUGUCAUCGCGUCCGGCGCGAUUCUCGGCGUGGGCGCAUCGUUCCUAUGGGUCGCUCAAGGAGCCAUCAUGACCACAUACGUGCCUGAAUCACAAAAGGGACGCGCCAUCGCCGCAUUCUGGAUCAUCUUCAACCUAGGCGGCGGGGUGGGCUCUCUCGCCAGCUUCGGAAUGAACUACCAUUCCACCAGCGGUACCGUCUCAGAUGGAACAUACAUUGCGCUUCUGAUCGUGAUGGGCAUUGGAUGGCUGUUGGGAGUCUUCAUCUGUCCCCCAGCAUCAGUUCGAGUAUCUCAGCUGAAAGCGAUUCCCGAGGCUGAAAGGAACUGGAAGCAGACAGCGCGGCUGUCACUAAGCACAAUCGCAGAUUGGCGUGUACUGUGCAUGCUGCCGCUGUUCUUCUCGGCCAACAUCUUCUACUCUUACCAGCAGAAUGUGGUGAAUGGCAUGACGUUCAAUAUCCGCACGCGCUCGCUCAACGGCGCCCUUUACUGGAUCGCGCAGAUGCUGGGCGGAUUGAUCAUCGGUCUUAUUCUCGAUUUUCCGGGCCUCAACCGACAGAUUCGGGCUCGCAUCGCGUGGGUGUUCCUCUUCGUGACCGGGAUGGCCAUUUGGGGUGGCGGGUAUGCGUUCCAGAAAUGGUCUUCCCGUCGGUUGGCAGAGGGUAUCAAGCAGGAUAUCGACUAUAGUGAUAGUCCUACUUCUGUGGGCCCCAUGUUGCUUUACAUCUUUUAUGGUGCGUAUGACGCAUUCUGGCAGUCUUUCUGCUAUUGGCUUGUGGGUGCUCGGUCCAACUCGCCAGCCGUGACUGCCAUCCUGGUCGGCGCGUAUAAAACCUUUCAAAGUGCGGGCGGGGCCAUGGCCUGGCGGAUCAAUGCAUUGGGAAAGCCAGCAAUGACCCAAUUUGCCAUGGAUUGGGGCCUGUGUAUGGGGUCGCUUGUUUUCGCCAUUCCGUCUAUUUUGGCGGUUACUCUGACCAGCGAUGCCGAGUCCGACGGGAUCGAGAAAGUCGAUAAAGUCGAUACACUGUAUUCGCCGGAUUCGCCGGAUUCCGAGAAGCCCCGGGCUCAUCUGAAGGAUUAA